CAUUAUACCAAGUUUGUAGAUAUCUACACUAAAAUAGUAAUAGUAAUAGGACAUCAUACAUUCAUGGGAUUUAGCAGGAAACAGGAUAUCCGAUAACAGAUGGCAGAUGGGCAACAAAUUACAAUCUAUUGUGUUACCAACUACUGAACUGAUGGCGACAGGUGAAUUCAUUCGUGCGUUGACUUUAAAUUAUAAUAGAAAUAUGUAACAACGUAAUACCUGUUUAUACAUUUCAGUUUCAUUCGAAAAACGCGCCUACAUUGAAUAACAAGCAUUUGACUUAAUACAUUAUAAACUUUUUUCAUUUGUAAAAUUAAUUUUUAGCAAGACAUUUUGCAUAAUUUAAUAAUGAAUGAAGAUAUUCGUCAUCAACAUUUACCUCAGUCAUACGUGGUUAGAGAGCUGGGCUCUUCUGAAGCUAGAGGCUUAUGGGGUAUUAAACAUACCCGUAAACCCGUAGAUUUAAUGGUGGCAAAAGCUAAAUUGUCUUCGUCACCAUUACCACCUCUAGUUGAACUACGAAUAUCAGAAGAAGGAUGUGAGGUGAUCAAAGAAAAAAAAACAGCAUUUUUUCCUAUUCAUACAGUUUCAUAUGGAGUUCAAGAUUUAGUUUACACACGGGUAUUUUGUAUGAUAAUCGUUAAGAAUUCGACGUCACCUGACAGGAAGCCAUUCGAUUGUAUUGCAUUUGUUUGUGAAAGUCGAAAUGCUGCAAGAAGUUUAACAUAUGCUUUAGCAGCAGCUUUUCAAGCAUACAGUAGAAAAGUGCGUUAUACUGGUUCAUCAAAAUCUCGAUUUGCUAUUGAUUUAAGAACCCCUGAAGAAUUAGAAAUGGAAGUUAAAAAAGUUGACUCUGAUGCAUAAUAUCAUUUGAGUGUAUUGUAUUUUUUUUAUUAUUAAUUUUUACUUUAUUUUUUGUUAAUUUUAUUUAAAAUAAUAAAAAUUGUUAUGUCACAUUUGAUAUUAAAAUAAAUAAAUAUAUAAAUUUUUUA